AUGGUUAUCCUUCACAUAAAACGAACCAGAAGUGCGAUUACCCUGUAUAGAGGGCACAAGUGAAAAGUAGUGAUACGUGCUAAAAGUUUUGCCAGGCUUUUGCUUCAGCCAACAUUGUAUCAUGUGUAGCAUUCUGCCAUGAGCUGCUAAGUUACUCACUGUCCUCACGUUUUCAUUUUCUGUUUUGGGAGGGGGGGGGGGGGGGGGGAGUGUGUGUUGCCAUAUUCACAAAAUGAUUUACGUCAAUGGACUCCCACCCUCCUGUAGAGCUAUCUUACUGAUAAUCCCUCCAACACUACAACAUUGUGCUCAACUGAUUAUAAUUUUUUUAUUUUUGACGUGUUUAAAUCAGGGUGGUUAAAAUUUGGGUUGGAUCAAAAACCUACAGAGUUUCUGUAGCGUGCCCAGGGCUGGGACACUUCUGAUGAUGGACAGUAUCCCAACCAAGAGGUUUGAUCUUUGCUUUGAUCAACCAUUACACCAUUCUGUUGCACACUUAAGACUUACAUCACCUAUAAUAAGGCCCAUUGUGUAUAUAAGUUUCACUGUGAGGAUUAAAGUUGAUAGGGAAAGAAUUUAGACUAAAUAUUGGAACGUAAAGAGUCUAAUAGCACAGGUGUUCUACUCUACUGAAUUGGGAGUUUAUAUUUUACAGUUUUAUUUUAAGUUAUUUUCUGAGGGGGAAACCUUUCAAAAUGAUAUUUACAACUCCAGAAUGAGUACACACUAAAUGGAACCAUUUCGACAGUGUUAAAAAAAUAUUAUAGGAUACUGUAUAUACAUAGCCUAUGUAUAAAAUGUGUUACUGUUUUGAGUUUAAAAUGAAACAAUAAUGGUCACUAAGUUAUUUCAUGUUUUAUAUUGUUUGCAUAUUUUUUUUGUGAUGCAAUCUCCCUGGUUUAUGCUGCCAAACCAAGUUUGAAUAUUAUAAAUAAGUAAUAUAUAAAUAAAAUGUAAUCUCCUUGUAAUAAAGAAACUGUAGCAGUACUCAUCAAUCACAAACAUCAAAUCUAUUUGGUAUUUAAUUUUUCCUCCAUCAUUACUGAAGUAGAUUUUCCAAAUCAAUUUUACUCUGACUAGCAGAACUGAUUGAGUACACCAAGUUUGAGCCAACAAUUCAAUCGAAACUCACACUGAAUACACAUCAAAUACUCAGGAUUGUGCAAAUAAUCUUUAACACUGUUGACUUAUAUUGAGGGCAAACACUUACAUAAAACGACACACUGUGUGUUUAUAUAACACAUACUGGUCAACUAAACCAAUAAAAGUAGUGCUAAGAUAAUUCAGUGAUGAAUUAAUCUGGUGUUACUAUUCUAUCUUCUAAUGGAAGAUAAUAUUUAUGAAAAAAAAAAAAUGUCUUUCAUUGACAGUCAAUUGACUUCAAGAUUUGUAUGGUCCAUAAAAACUGCAUAAAGAUCUGGAAGCUUCCUGCCUUACGUGAUGUUGACAUUGAUGACAUUUUGAAUGGUUAUGCUGUUCUUGAAGACUGCAUUAUAAAGAACGUAGUUUAAGAUUUUUAAUAGUGGUUUUAAAUGAUGUGAUGUGUUUUAUCCUCCAACCCAAUAAGGAAAGUAAUUCUCCUAAAAGGAAAACAUUGAGUGAACAUAAGGUGGUACCGUGGUAACAAGUUCAUGUACAUGAAGAAAAGUCUGGAACGUUAAAAGAACAACAUCUUGAUUAUAAGCCUGGUGCUGGCUGCUGUGGGUCUGCUAAGGAUGUGGCUGAAUGUGUGGUAUCAUGUGACCUGGCAUCUGCUCAAUGGAGACAGUGUAUUGGCAGGCAGCUCACAAACUCGGGCCUUUAAAAGACCUCCAGCACAACAGGAUACCGCCUGUCACAAGAAGACAAAUGCUGUCCAAGGCUGAUACACACUACUAUUCUUGUUCUACAAGACUUUUGUUUAAUGAUUGAGCUUGAACUAAGGUUGCCUUAGUUUGAAUAUUAAGUCCUGGACUGAAGACACUUGACUAAUUAAGAGUUGUUAAAGUGUUAAAGUACAUCUUUAUUAAUUUAGUCAAGACAUCAGAGAAAUUUAAAGGAUGAAUUAAACUAUAGUUACAGCCAAUGAGAUGGUACAAAUGUGGGUAAACAAUAUGAGGUGGUGGGUUCAAAGCCAAUUGAAAUGCCGUUGAUUGAAGUUUAUCAAACAAAACAUUAACAGAAAAAAGCGAUAAGACAAAUGAUUUAUGCACUGUGUUUUAUUGUACUGUGUACUGUAUCACCCACCAUAACUCAGGUAUACAGGUCUGGUACAUCUGAAAAGUAGCCCAUAGUCACAUCACCUCCGUAUAUAAAAACGGGUACAUUAGGUUUCCCAACAGAUGUCCACAGCCGAAUCAGAAUGAAUUGACAUUACAUUUUAAGCUCCGUACUAGUGAAGUAUUGGCCUGCAUCUCCCCCUUGAUGUGGCUGACCUGUGAUAUAUGCAAGCUGUACUGUACCUUCAAACACUGCCUGCUCUUUGGUCAAUGUAUUACUCAUGUUCAAAACCCCGCACAAUGACAGAUCCAUUUCUAAACAUCACAACCCAUUCCCACUUAGACAAACAUCUUAUGUUCAUGAAAGAGCAGGUGUUGGAACAAAUUCUUUGUCACCCUUCACAUUUGUUUGAUGCUAAAUCGCUGCAAAUCCUGUAGGCCUAUGAAUCAUCAAUUUCCUGAUCUACGUUUCAAAUGUGUACUCUGCAAUAAUGCUCUGCAUUUACUUUUAUUCUUUGAUUUAGUUCCUCCAUAGACCUGCACCAAAAGCACAAACUAGAUAAGUAAAACAAGACAACAUCGAGAGCGGAUAGUUUUUCUGAUGUCUUAGUGUUUCCACAGGGGCAGUCACGUCGCCGUCAAAAUUUGUCACCUCUGACUUGUGAAAGCGACCACUACCUACAUUAACACUACUUUACCCAUAUUUUACGCCAUCAAAAAGCUAAUCUCUUCUUUUUGGGGUUAAACUUUUUUGGGGUUAACCAAAUUCAUCUCAAAUACACAAGAAUAUAUUGUAUCCUUUAAGUCUUCAUUGGACACAAAACUUAACCUGAUGUCGCCAAAUGGUUGGUUACACAGCCCCAUUUGGGAAGUGGUCCAUUGAAAAUGAUUGCAAAUGAGAGGGGAAAAUACACUUUGCAGGUGAUUGGAUAAACCAUCUACUGUCUCUUACAGGUCGUGAUUUUCGCAAAUCCAGCUGAGUUGCAAUGAAACACAACACUUUAAAUAAAUCAACUUUUUAUACAAAACUAUCCUGAGGUCUGUCAUUGUCUGCCUCUUAUCCUACUGUUUGAGAUUAAAUAAGCAAUAUUGUGGAUGAUGAUUGUUGUAAGACUAUAAAGUAGCCUAGGCAAUUUGAAUUGCAGAAAGGGAUAGACCAUUUGUGUGAUCAGUUCUGUUCGAUGACAGUACAACCAGGGCCAAUUCUAGGAUCAGACCUUUAGGGAGGCUUAGCCCCCAAUGAGAAUGUGACUUGUGUUCUUAAUCUGCGCCAUGAAAUUAACUACCUAGGCUACUUCUUCUCCUUUGGUUUUACUGGCAGACUAAAGGUGUAUGAGACACUUGAUAUUAAACCUGUUUAAAGCCCCUUGAACCUGUAAUUGUUUGUCAUCUGCCACUAACAGACAUGUUUGCAAACUCUUAAAUUAGAGCACAAAAACUUAAUUAAGAACAUAAUAAUUCAAGAUUUCUUAUUUUUUUUUAUAUCAAUAUUUUAGGGGUGCUGAGAUUACAUUUAGGGGUGCCUAAAUUUAGUCUAAAAUCGCCAAUGAGUACAACAAUCUUUAACCAAUGCUGCAAUGGGGACAGUAAAGUAUUGGCUAAAGAAAGAUCUGUGACAAUGGGAUGAACGCUUCACUGUUUACCACACAUUAAAGGAUAUAUCAAUUUCAGGCAAAAUCAUUAUCAAUCAUUAUCCUUGACUUUGAUGGAUUCUUAGUUUCUACACGUCUAGCCUACAUCCUUGUAACCUUCGGGUCAAAUCAAGGAUCACACACUUUUGGGCGGGAAUAGCCUAACUCUUUUUUAACAUGCGGCCUAAGCAAGGUUCAAAGUCCGUUCAGCUCGUUUCAGUUAAGUUCAGAUAACAAAACUUGAAUAGGUUGGGCCGUAAAACAGAGGCUGAGACAGCAUUUAAGAACUGGUUUCUGACACUCACUGACACCUUUCAAACUUUGUUCCGAAGAAAUCUGCUCAAAAUGAAUCAAAUCAGCGAAGUUCUGGCACUUUCAUUGUGUUUUGUGGGUUGGAUAAUGGUGGCCAUAUCACUACAAGAUCAGUACUGGAAAGAAUCAUCCACGGACGGGAGCGUAAUCACAACCUCCACUAUCUAUGAAAAUCUCUGGAUGUCUUGUGCCAGCGAUUCAACCGGGGUAUACAACUGUUUAGACUUCCCAUCUAUGUUUUCUCUGCCUGGUUUUCUGGCCUGGGUGAUGGUCGGUGUUGCUCUACCAAACCGAUACUGGAGAGUUUCCUCUGUGGAUGGAAACGUUAUCACCACAUCAACCAUUUAUGAAAACCUGUGGAUAUCAUGCGCCACCGACUCCACAGGGGUUAGCAACUGCCGCGACUUUCCAUCUAUGCUCGCUCUUUCGGGUUACAUACAGGCGUCCAGGGCGUUGAUGAUCACCUCUAUCGUGUUGGGAAGCCUGGGUAUCGUGGCGGCCCUAGUGGGAAUGCAAUGCACCAAAGCAGGAGGAGAGGACUACGUCAUGAAGGGCAGAAUCGCUGGUUUGGGGGGCAUGCUCUUCCUCUUGCAGGGCUUGUGCACCAUGAUCUCGGUUUCCUGGUAUGCCUACAAUAUAACCCAGGAGUUCUUUGACCCCUUCUAUCCAGGGACAAAGUAUGAGAUUGGAGAGGGCCUUUACAUCGGCUGGUGCUCCGCCACGCUUGCCAUCUGUGGAGGGUCGUGCCUGAUGUGUUCAUGUAAACUGGGGACCCCCGAGCAGAAACUGCCGUACACAUACCAGCCCCCCACCAGAGGAACAGUGUUCUCAGGGCCCUCUGUCUCCCAGAUGCCUAGCCAGUAUGGCAGGAACGCAUAUGUGUGAAGAAUUAGGGAUGGAGUGGAGAUCCCUUCCAUAGAUUGAGAUUUGCCAAGAAAAAACAUUGCAGGUGGAUUCAAUGAGUGGUGUUCAUUUAGAUCUUUUUUUUACUAUUAUAGUGAAGUUUUAGCUAUGUGGAUAUGGACUACCUGCAUAUGAAGACCCACCUUCUAUGUAGAAUAUGAGUUGACAACUGCCAAAUGUCUUCCCUUGUGAUGUCUGAUGCCUCUGACAUAUGUUGUAGUUUAUUAUAAAUUUGUAGGCAAAGGGUGUGUUAUACCAUUCACUGUUCAUAACUGGGAGUAUUUGAACUGCACCCUUGAUUGAGGUUGGAUAAUGUAUUUGAAUUAUAAAUACAUUUAUGAUAUAAACAUAACAUGAUUGAUUAUGUUGCUGUUUACACUGAGGGAUGUUGUUCACAAGGUUUUUCUAUCCAAAAUGUACAUAUUUCAUGUUUUAUAAACAGUGUGUUAUUUCUUGGGUACGGUCAGUGUACGCAAGCUCACAUAGGUGGGAUUCAUUGGUCAGUACACCCAUAACAGUGCAGUUUUAACAAGGACCGACAAGCCCAGAAUUUCCAUGUAUGUGUUGGUCUUCACUUUAAUGUUGAUGGAUUGUACAUUUAAUCUACUGGUUUUAUAUUUGAAAUGGUUUCCUGUAUUUUUCUAUUGACAAAUAAAUAUUGUUUGACCACCCAAUCUUGUCUCGUGUCAGUGACCUUGGAGGAGUGUAAUGUUGGAUAUGACAUUCCAAUUAUUUCCCACUUCAUAAAUAGUUUCCCAACCCUUUAGCAGCACCUAGUGGUAAACAAACAUGACUGUUGUAGUCAUUGAUGCUCUACCACCGCC